AUGGGUUCCGAGAUGGGGCAAGAGCUACGACAGGAGGCCGACAACAACGGACAUGCUAUUACACCACAGAAUAAGGCGAAAUUGCAUGGACGUGAUUUCUAUGAGAGUAUUGGCAGCCCGAAGAUGGUGCUUGCGCCCAUGGUCGAGCAGUCGGAAUUUGCAUGGCGGAUGCUCACUCGCUCCUUCCUCCCUCCACCCUUGCGGUCGAGCCUGCUCGCCUACUCGCCCAUGUUCCAUUCCAAGAUGUUUGUUGACAUGCCCAAGUACCGAGACUCGCACUUCCAGCCACUGAAGUCUGCAAUUCCCUCGCCUGUGGACCCGUAUCACAUAUCGCAGCUUCCCCAGUCGGAGCGCCACCUCGAUGGCAAUACGGCGUUUGACAGGCCACUGUUCGUACAGUUCUGCUCAAACCACCCGGACGAUUUGCUGAAUGCUGCUAAGCACGUGGCGCCUUUCUGCGAUGCUGUAGAUCUGAACCUGGGGUGCCCCCAGGGCAUUGCUAAGAGAGGGAAGUAUGGUGCUUUCUUGCAGGAGGAUUGGGGCCUCAUUGCCAGUAUGAUCCGGAAACUGCAUGAGGAGCUAGACGUUCCAAUUACAGCUAAGAUGCGGAUCCUCGAGACGCGAGAGAAGACCUUGGACUACGCUAAGACUAUGCUUGAGGCUGGUGCAAGCAUCAUCACAGUGCAUGGGCGGCGACGAGAGCAGAAAGGCCAUAACACCGGCCUGGCGGAGUGGAGUGUGAUCCGGUAUCUCAGGGAUAAUCUUCCAAAAGAGACGGUAAUCUUUGCGAAUGGGAAUAUCUUGCAGCAUGACGAUAUUGAUAGAUGUUUGCAAGAGACCGGUGCAGAUGCCGUCAUGAGCGCAGAAGGCAAUCUCUAUGAUCCUACCAUCUUUGCUAAACCCCCACCAGUUGGCCAGGAAGGCAGAGAGUACUGGCGCGGAAGAGACGGGAAAGGUGGAUAUAGAAUGGAUGCUGUGAUGAGGCGGUAUAUGGAUAUCAUUCACAAGCACGCACUCGGGGAAGCGCCGCCAAAGCGGACGCCGCUGUUCCUACCAUCGGAUUCCGAAGUGCAGGUUGAGGUUGAGGAGGAGGAAGAUUCUGAAGGCCCGGCGAGGAAGAAGAGGAAGCAUUCCAAGGCAGACAGAAAGCAGCAGCAGGUCAAGAACCCGAAUCUCACGGCGAUGCAGGCUCACCUAUUCCACCUGCUGAGACCUCUCGUCGCGCAACAUCAUAAUGUGCGAGAUGCAUUGGCUAGGUGUAGGGUUGGUGAUAUCGAUGCCUUUGAGAAUGUGCUGAGUUUGGUGGAGAAGGCUGUGAAAGAAGGCUUAAUUGCUUAUGAGACGGAGCAUGUUGAUGAGCCAGCUACUAGCGAGGUAGAUACGACAGAGACUGUUCAGAAUCAGGACGCUCAAAAUGGGGUGAACGGUAGCCUGGAAGAAAUCCCCGACGACCCAUAUACGUCCUCUCUCGCAGCGGUCGCCCGUUGUAAACGCCCGUGGUGGGUAUGUCAGCCAUAUGUACGCCCGGUACCUAAGGAGGCCAUUGAGAAGGGCUCGAUGCAGCUGAGUAAGAAGGAGAAGAAGAGAUUGGCACAGGAGGAGGCGGAUGCGAAAGCUGUUGGUCCUCGGCCUGAGGAGGUUGUGGUGUGCGGGUGA